AGCUCCAAGAAUUCCCUGGAGAAAAUCCUUCCGCAGCUGAAAUGUCAUUUCACGUGGCAUUUACUCAAGAAAGAAAGUGUCUCAUCUGAUCUAGAAGACAGAGUGUGUAACCAGAUUGAAUUUUUAAACACUGAGUUCAAAGCUACUAUGUACAAUUUAUUGGCCUACAUAAAACAUCUGAAUGGUCAAAACGAGGCCGCCCUGGAAUGCUUACAGCAAGCUGAAGAGUUGAUCCAGCGAGAGCACGCUGACCAAGCAGAAAUCAGAAGUUUGGUCACCUGGGGAAACUAUGCCUGGGUCUACUAUCACAUGGGCAGGUUCUCAGAAGCACAAGAUUACAUAGACAAGGUGAAACAAGCCUGUGAGAAGUUUUCAAAUCCUUAUAGUCUUGAGUGUCCUGAGCUAGACGGUGAGGAAGGGUGGACAAGGUUAAGGUGUGGAGGAAAGCACAGUGAAAGGGCGAAGGUAUGUUUUGAGAAGGCUCUGGAAGACAAACCCAACAACCCAGAAUUUUCCUCUGGAUUGGCAAUUGCCAUAUAUUGUCUGCAUGACGAGCCACAGAAGCAGUUAGCUGUUGACACUCUGAAGCAGGCCAUUGAGAUAAAUCCUGACCACCAGUAUAUUAAAGUUCUCUUGGCUCUGAAACUGCAGAAGAUGAAUAGAGAAGCUGAAGGGGAGCCGUUGGUUGAAGAGGCCCUGAAGAAAGCUCCUUACCAAACAGAUGUCCUUCGCAGUGCAGCCAAAUUUUACAAAACGAAACGUGACCUAGACAAAGCUAUUGAACUAUUUUUAAGGGCAUUGGAAUCCAUGCCAAACAAUGGUUACCUCUAUCACCAGAUCGGAUGUUGCUACAAGAAAAAAAUCAAGCAAAUAUGGAACAUAGGAGGAUAUACAGCUAAUGGGAAUAAGGAGAAGGGUGAAGAACUAAGAGGAUAUGCUAUAGACUAUAUGAAGAAAGCUCUUGACAAGAAAAUAAAUGAUCCUUUUGUAUAUGCUGAUCUCGCUGAACUCCUGGCAAAAAGAGGUCAGUACAAAGAAGCAGAAGAAUAUUACCAGACAGCAUUCAGUAAUAACACCAAGAGGCAGCAACUCCAUCAGUGCCAUGGUGACUUUCAGGGCUAUCACAGGAAGUCGGAACAUUAUUUAGAGGGUUUGCCAAUAGGCAAAGAAUCAGCAGAGGAGGAAAAGAUGCAAUGCCAGCUGCAGAACACAGAUGAAAAUCAGCUUUCACUAAAUGCACCAAAUUUUUGGUAUCAGCAAGGAUUAAUUCACAAGAUGAAGGGAGAUAUACUGCAAGCGGUGGAAUGCUAUGAGAAGGAGUUGGGCCGCCUACUAAGGAAUACUUCUUCAGGUAUAGGCAGCUUGUUCCUGCCAGCAUCGGAGCUUGAGGAAGGCAGUGAGGAGAGGGCCCAGAGCACAUAUGGCUCCACUCCCAGAGAGCCCCCCCAACCCCUGAGCUGA